AUGCCGUUGGUUUCUACCUCGCCGCGGCGGAGCUGCAGAAGAUGGCGCUUCACCUGGGAGUCCCUAGCGCACACUCCCACGCUCAGGUUAUUCCUCUUCAGUUCCGAAGUCGAACCCUCGAAGAGUUGCGAGAACCUGGAGGCCUCGCUCUGCCUGGGGGAGUCUCGAGUUGUCGUGCGGUGGAGGGAAGAAGGGGCCGGGGACUUGGAGUUGAGAGUUCCGGUUCCCAGGGUUCUCAUCGACACAGUGGCGCCAGUCCAGGUCUUGUCCAGGAAGGACCACAUCGAGGUUAAGUUAGUCCUGGUUCUCCCGCUUGAUCAUCCGAUGUCCAUGAGUUCCCGGUCGGCUUUGGAUGCGGGUGCGCUUUUCAGGAGGCCGGAGGGAGAUUUUUCAGGCUAUUCGCUUCCUCUUUCCUUGGAUUCCGGUGAGCCAAGGCAUUUUUCUUUAUGGAUAGUUCAUCCCCUUUCGUUUUCAUUUCCUUCCGUAUAUAAUCAUAAGAUAAAAGGCUCCUAAGUUCUCUUUGGAGACCUGAUUAGUGACAGCUAAAGCAGAAAUUUUGCGGAUAGCCGUUGUGUUUACAUAAAUUGCAAAAUCAAAUAUAGUUAUUUCGUAUCUGUUUUGGCACCUUUCUCCUCCGAUCGGGCAUGCUUUAGAAGAGGUGCAGGGAUAGAGUGGAAAAUGAUUUGAUAGUCCCCUGUGUGCUGAUGUAAAGCUUUCUUACCGCAUCCUACGUUUAAGCUCCUGUCCGUGAGAAGCAUUGACAGGGGAGAGAAAAAUGCAUCUACAUAGAUAUAUGGUACUACACGAUCAAUUUAAACUAUAGUGGAUCAAAAUCCACUAGUUUCCACCUGUCAUUUCUCAAAUUGCGGCUUGGUUUUACCACAAUGAAGAGUCUUUAUUCUGCUGCUGGACUAAUUUGCGUAAGUAGCAAAGUAGUGUGUUAAAAUGAAGGAAUUUUGAUAAUGCCAAUUUUCUUCUAUGAUUUUCACCGAAUCUCUUGAACCUAAUUUAUUUUAUUUUACUCAUAUAUAUAUGUUUAUAAUCCUUGAAACUAAUAUUUCAGAAAUUUUGAACCAGAUAUGAAGCAUCUUUCUACUGGAGAUGUGCAUUUCUAUUGUAAGACUUGCUGUACGAGAGUAACAAAGAUACCUUCAAGGUAGUAGUUUUCAUUUAUUAUCUGUUCCACUUACCUGUGUUUUCAAACUCGACUCCAUAUUCCGAUUACAGAAUGAUGAAAGAAAAUACAAAUUUACACUGCUCAUGUGCAUAUAAUCGAUAUGUAAGGUGUAAAUGACAGUGUACACUAAAUUUAGGCAUCUUUAACGUCAUUUCGUUGUAUUUGAUUCCAAUAUUGAUCGCUUCACUGUAAACGCUAGUUAUUUAGGCAGACGAAACAAGAUAUUGUGGAGAAACAAUCACUGUGAUUCCUCUUUAUAGUAAUUAUGUUAUCAAUCCUGGUGUUUUCUGGAAUCCAAUUGAAUCAAAAGCCAUGUCUUUCUGCUUUAUCCCUUAAGAGGCUUUGUCACCUGUAGAGAGGUUUUCUUAUAGUCUCAGAUCUCCCUAGUUACGAUCUGCAUUGAAAUGUGCCCUCCAUUUUCGAUACUUGUUUAACUUAGACAAGUGCAAUAUCCUGCACUACGAGUUAUUUGUGUAUUGUACAAACAAUUUGUGGUAUACCGAUAGUCAGGCGCCAUUCUUUAGUAAUUUUUUCCCUACAGAGAUGGAGGUGAAUUUUGGAAGGCGCCAUUUCUGUAGAGCUCCUUCCACGGUUUUUUUCCAUCCAUUUCCUUCGUGUUGGAAAAUAUGGAAUGUAUUUGUAAUUGAAUAUGUCGGAUGCUCUGCCAUCUUGUUUUCUCCUCCGGGAUUUUAUUAUAUUUCUAGGAUUAUAUUUUUUUGAAGUGUUCCUUUAUUAUUCGUGAAGCCAUAAAUAUUUAGGUUUGAAGCUCGGGGUUGCUCUUCUAAGUCAAAGAUUUUCCCUGUGAUUACCUUUUUUUAUUUUACUAAGAACUAAUUUUCACAGAAAAAAUUUCCAUGCACUCUCCUUUUCUGAUAUUUGGGUCAAUGCCAACAAUUGAAAGACAUAAACUGGUUGCAAGUCUGAAAUAGUAGAUGCUACAAUGCCAAGAAUCUGAUUUUCAUUUGAUAAUUGUAGCUUCAUUGGAUCCGUUGCUGACUUAUUAUUUUAUAUUUUUCUCGUUUUCUGCUAACUUCAUAAUCUUCUUUGCAGGAAGUUCGUGGAAAUGCCAUCAGCUGACUGGCGUGAGGUGGCAGACAAUUGGUUUGGGACAGGUUGCUGUUCAUUUGGAGGUAUAAGUGAAAAAUUGGUGCGUGCAUAUAUUAAAGCUUACAGUUGUGCUGAGUCUACAUGUCUGUUGGACGGCCCUUCAGUUACCAUUUGCAAGGACGAUCUUGAAGGAUAUGAAUUCACUCAGUGCCCAGUAGAGCAUUCAAGUCAUAGUGACAUGAAUGAUCCUGUAGCAAAAGUCAAAGGCAUGUCCAGCGCAAAUGCUAGUGAAGGCACUCGUGUUAGUCCUGAUCCCACUAAGCAUAGUUUGAAUGAGAGAAAAGCUGACAUUGGUGCAGAGAGGAAGAUGGAUGCCAACGAAAAUUCUGAUAUAUUUCACGGUUCAUCAGUUAACCAAGUUUUCCCAAAUGAAUCAUUCCAUUGCUGUGCUGAUGAAAGAAACAGUCAUCUAAAUCACAGCUACGGAAAACUUCAUGAUGUUGCAGUUACACCCAUGGGAAAUUUGGCAUCCCAUGUAGGCCAAAACGGGUCACUAAAUGUUGUUCUGGGAUGUGGCUUUCUAAUUAAAAUAUGUAAUCUUUCAAAUGAAGUCCAGUGGGUUGAAUUUUCAUGUAGGAAUUGCUCAUCCUUACUUGGAUCUUACCCAAUUACUAAGGGGCUAAAUUAUCCAGUAGACAGUGGAAUUCGAUUAUUCAAGUGCUAUGUUUCAACGAGUCUGGAUUGUAGUGGGCCAGAUAAUGUAUUCAGGUAAAAGAAGUUAACGAUCAGUGUUGCUUACUGAUUUUUUUUAUUUUUUUAUUUUAAUGAUAACAUUGGUAUCACUGAGAAUUUAAGAUGCAGUCACUGGAUAAAGAUAUAUAUUUACACUGUAUCAAUUAAGUUGUAAAUACAUGCCUCUACAUUGGUUUCUUUUCCUACACUGGAUCAUGAAUAUAUUAACACGGCAUAAGCUAUGUGGAAUAGCCCUUGGUCUUUCCUCUACAGACAGUUCCGCAAAUUGCAUUCUCGUAUAAACAAACCAGAUUGUUUGUGGCUAGUGCUGUUCUUGGUAGAAUGCAGAUCAGGUUGACAGCUGGAUAGUAAAAAAAAUCCCCAGUCCUCCAAUGCAUCAACGCUGCAAGCCGAAGAACAACUGCAUACAAACCUUACUUAUCUCAGUCAGCAAGGAUUUGGUGUAGAGUUAAUUUGACGUCGUAAAUGCACAUUUCAUUUUUCAUUUAUUUUCAUCUAUAAUCCCUCGUGCUGAGUGAAAAAAAGCUAUUUCAUUCAUGUGAAAAUAUGCAUAAUGCUAUCGUUGUCAUGAUCACGGCAGAUUCUUCUUUGCUCCAUUUUGUUGUCUAUUUUGGUUCUGUUUCCACCUUAUUAGCAACUAAAACGCAAUUUUUUUUUAAAAUAACUUAUUUUAUGAAUUCAUCUCAUAAGAAGCCUCAAACCUGUUGGGAAUGAAUGAAGGAUUCUGGGAUCGCACAACUGAAUGAAAAUUUUGUAUUUUCGUUAUUAAAUUAUUGAAUUGUUGUUCCUAUUAUAAGCGACUAUAAUAUAUGGUGAGAAUAUGAUAUAACUUGAAGACUCAUUUUCUGCGAAUUAUUUGAUGAGCAGAAACCACACGCUGCAGAGACUUUUUGUGAAAUCGCUGCUGGAAAGUGCAACCGAUGAACUUUCCUACCACACAAUUGUCAAGGAUCUGAGCACAAGGUCCCCAGUGUUGCAGAUAGUUCUUCUAAAUUCGAAAGCAUGGUGUUUUAGUGGAGAUUGUUUUGAAAACGAGAUCUCUGGUUGCCUUUCUGAGGUUAACCUGCAACCUGUUGUUAAAGUGCUAUUUUCCGACUGUAGCUCUGAAACAAGGAUUUACUCAAGGUCAGUAUUCUAGCUUUUAGGAGCAGCAUGAGCUCAUACUUGUAUAUAUUUAAAGGAAAUUAUUUUGUAGAAAAAUGUUGCAUCUAUGGUUGACCAAAGUACACCUUACAUCAGCCUCAUUUCAUGUCAUCCUCGCCUUUAUUUUUUCUCCCUUGUCCAGUUUCUUGCAUCCCUGUUUGCCUUUAGUGGCUUAUUUCUUGAUGCUCCUCAUGCCCAAUUUAAACGUAUCGCCUCUGAUUUCUCCACCCUCGUUUGCUUCGAAGGACCCUUCCUCCAACUCUGUCAACUCUUUCAGAACAGUUUUCUCCGCUGAAAGCAAUACUUGUUCAUCGAUCCUUCGUUCAUCGAUCAAAUAUGAGACGUUCGUCGCUGGCAUAUAUUGUUUGUGGUUAUAGUGUUCUUCGCUCCUCUGCUUUUGCAGGGAAGUAGAGCAAUGGCUGACCAGAAAGCAUUCGGAUGAGGUGUUCAUGUUGACCCGGCAAGCGAAAGAAUUGAUGGAAUUGCUGAAAUCGGCACACGAUAAUUUGCCGGCAUCGUGUUCUUCGUUCCAAGGGAUGUCGUUAUCUUACAUUGAGAGGUAG